AUGCAGGAGCAUCGUACCUUAGUUGCGCCAGCCUACAGAUACAGUCUGCUCCUUGCGCCUACGAAUGGCAGUCACAACUUUGCGUCUUUUGCAGGAAGUCCCAACAAGGAGGAUCAGAAGCAUCGUCUUCCCCAGGAGGAACCAAAACAACAGUCAUCACACAUCAGUGUGGCUGCACCUUGGGUCAACUGGAUCACCUCUAGCCGACUUGGCAGCAGGAUCGUGAUCAACUUCCUACCUUGGGCACUCUUGCACCUCGCUAAGCGCACUAAGAAGGUCGGAGUUGUUGGUAAAUACGGUAUCCGUUAUGGUGCCUCGCUCCGUAAGCAGGUCAAGAAGAUGGAAAUCACCCAGCACAGCAAGUACACUUGCACUUUCUGCGGUCGUGACGCCGUCAAGCGUCAGUCCGUCGGUAUCUGGAAGUGCCGUGGAUGCAAGAAGACCAUGGCUGGUGGCGCCUGGACUUUGUCCACCACCGCCGCUGCUACCGUCCGCUCCACCACUCGCCGUCUCCGCGAGAUCAUGGAGGUUUAA